AUGCUCGACGAUCUGACGAUCGUGAAGACGACGUCGACAACGACCAUAAAGGAGGAGGUGAUACUGACCGAGGGCGAGAGGCGAGUCGUGGUGAAGAAGGCGGCCUCCUUCAACGUCACGCGAACGCAAACCUCAAGCCCCAAGAAGAGCAUCAAGAAGCGGCACGAGAUUGAGGGGGAUGACGACCACGAGUUCAGGAACAACUACAAGCAGUCGGUGAUCGAGAACAAGAACGACUACUGGCGGCGCAUGUGCUGGUGCGAGGUGCAGAAGAGGCGUAAAUCGCGAACUACCAUUACGUCGAUCGACCUGCGAAGCCGAUUUGAGCGAUACGAUCGCUGGGAACGAAAGGAUUUUCGACGAGUCGACUGGAAGACUUUCUACGACGAGAUGCGACUCGAGAAACCCAGCAAGCCGGACGAGUGGCUCGGCAAUCCCAAGUUCCUGGGCGGCGUCUUCGUCAUCAUGUUCAUGCUCUUCUACUGCCUCAUCUCCUCGCUCUGA